UCGCAUAGAAACAGAGACUACUAGUCAUUUGUUGGAGUACGAAAGCCAUAAUAUUUUCCUUUCCAUAUUGCAGGGGAAAGAAAGAAAGAAAGUUGUAAAACGUAGCAGGCAAUCACUCUAAUGAACUUAAAAACUACUCAUUACCUAGUCAAGCAAUCUGCAACCUGAAUACAAAAGUCCUUAAUACUAUAAAUUAAAGCUUUGACUCUCGUUAAGGGAGGAGAAGAGAAGCCUGUAUACAAUUUGAAGAUUCUCCCGACUCUGAAGGCAGGGGAGGAGUGGGGAAAAACAAUGGCAUGGUGUUGUUACUGAGAGAUGGGAAAGACUUGCACGAUUGUAUGGUUCCGAAGAGACCUUCGAGUGGAGGACAACCCUGCUCUGGCAGCUGCUGCAAGAGGUAGAGGUGAGGAUGUCACUGUGCUUCCUGUGUACAUUUGGUGUCCCAGGGAGGAAGGACAGUUCUACCCUGGUCGAGUUUCGAGAUGGUGGGUGAAGCAGUCCCUCAUCCAUCUCCAUCACUCUCUGCAGAUCAUGGGCUCCCCUCUUAUAAUUAUUAAAGCACAGGAUACCCUUUCAGCCCUCUUGCACUGUGCUAGAUCCACUGGAGCUACUCGGAUUUUUUACAAUCAUCUCUAUGAUCCUGUAUCUCUUGUUCGAGAUCACAAUCUUAAGCAGCAACUUUUAGAUCGAGGAUUUAUGGUGCAAAGUUUCAAUGCAGAUCUUUUAUAUGAACCUUGGGAAGUAUAUGAUGACAAUGGACAGGCUUUCACCACUUUUGAUGCAUACUGGAAAAAAUGCUUAAACAUGCCAUUUGAACCUGAGGCACCGCUUCUUCCUCCAAAGCGGCUGGUGCCGCCAGAAGGUAUAGUUUUGGGUUGUAGAGCAGCAGAUUUACCCCUUGAACAUGAAACUGAAAUAUCAAGCAAUGCACUACUACGGAAAGGAUGGUCUCCAGGAUGGAGUAAUGCAGAUAAAGCAUUGGAUGAAUUCCUUGCUGGACCUUUACUGGAUUAUGAAAAGAAUAGUCAGAAGGCAAAUGGUCCCAACACUUCUCAUCUGUCCCCACACAUGCACUUUGGAGAAUUAAGUGUAAGGAAGGUGUUCCAUUGUGUGCGAAGGAAGCAACUCCUUUGGGCAAAAGAAGGCAAAGCUAAUGGACGAGACAGUGUGGACUAUUUUCUCAGGUCAAUUGGUCUGAGAGAGUAUUCACGAUAUCUUUGUUUCAACUUUCCAUUUACACAUGAAAGGUCAUUGCUUCAUAAUUUGAGAUUUUUUCCUUGGAGACAAGAUGAAGGCUAUUUUAAAGCUUGGAGACAAGGCCGCACUGGUUAUCCUUUGGUAGACGCAGGCAUGCGUGAACUUUGGGCUACAGGAUGGAUACAUAAUCGGAUCAGGGUGGUUGUUUCUAGUUUUUGUGUGAAAUUUCUUCAACUUCCAUGGACAUGGGGGAUGAAAUAUUUCUGGGAUACAUUAUUGGAUGCAGAUAUAGAAUCUGAUGUUCUUGGAUGGCAAUAUAUCUCUGGUAGCUUACCUGAUGGUCAUGAAUUGGAUCGCAUGGAUUGCCCUCAGGUACAGGGUUACAUGUUUGAUCCUGAUGGAAAUUAUACACGUCAAUGGUUGCCCGAACUGGCAAGAAUGCCCACAGAGUGGAUUCAUCACCCCUGGAAUGCUCCUGCAGACAUCCUUAAGGCUUCUGGGGUUGAGUUAGGAUCAAACUAUCCAAGACCAAUUGUAGAGGUAGCUUCUGCUCGAGAACGUUUGCAACAGGCACUGGCACAUAUGUGGGAAUUAGAUGCCAAUGCAAGGGCUGCACUGCCUGAUAGAACAGAAGAAGGAUUAGGAGAUACAAUAGAAGUUAGAGGUACGGGGGGGCCAUUACAUGAAAGGAUGGUUGUCCCUAGAGUAGUUGUAAAGAGGCAGGGAGCAUCUUCUGGUAGCUCAUGGCAUGAUCAACGAGUUCCAAGUAUUGUGAGACAAGAUGAUUCUCCACAAAUCAACAAAUUAGGAAGAAAUCAACUAAUAUCUCAUCAAGGAUCACAACAGGUUUGUGCUACAGAUAUAGAAGCUAGUACAGAUGUGCAUAGUUGUGGCAGUUUGGAUAGACCCUCAGAGCAGUUACUCAUUUCUGAUCAUCAGAAUAUUCCAAGUACAGACCAUGAUUUACAGUCUACGGCAGAGUCAUCUUCUGUUAGAAAAAGGAGCACUAAUAAUAAUCAAUUUGGCUUUUCGCCCCCAUCAUCUGGGUCAUCGAUGGGUGAUUCUUUGCAAAUAUCAGAACAGGGGCUUGCAUCUCCUGAUGCUUUUGGCAAGAAAAUGUCCAAGCAAUUAUUCAACAUUAAUUCCUUGGCUGAAACCAAGUUUGAUGAAGGGGAUGAGAUGCCAAGUAGACAAUCAGCAGUCAGAGAAACAAAGAGGCAAUGUCUUAACAAAGCUUUGAGAGAGAAAUGAUAUGCCAGCUCCCUUCAAUAAUGAGGCUUUUAACCUAUAAGAGGACAAUAUGGCCACAACAUUAAAUUGCAUUAGCACUUUGUCUCUCUUGGUUUCUAAGGAAGUUCUCAUCAUUGUAGAUUCUUUCUUCUUAUUUUCUUUUGACUUUUGUCUGUUGUACAGUAUCUGAGAUAAGCCUUUUGGCGAUAGGCGUUUGAUUGAGCAGCAAUCUUUAUUUUUCUUGCCUAUAUGCUAAAAAGGAAUAAUAAAUUUUGGAGGGGAUCGUUGAGCUUGUAAUUUAACACAGAAUCAGGAUUCCUUAGCUGCAAUUAAUAAUUUUUACUAUUUUACUCCUUGUGA